AUGGCUGAGCACACGUUGACUGGCCAGAAGGUGGCGAUCAAAAUCAUUAACAAGAGAAAGAUGGAGCACAUGAACAUGCACGAGAAGAUCAGGAGAGAGAUCCAGAUCUUGCAGUUUCUCAAGCAUCCCCAUGUGAUCCGCUUGUACGAGUUGCUUGACACGCCCAGCGACAUCUUCAUGGUGAUGGAAUAUGUCCAGGGUGGUGAGCUUUUCGAUCACAUCGUUCACAAGCUGAAGCUGCAGGAAGAUGAAGCGAGAAGGUUCUUCCAGCAGAUCCUAUCAGGAGUUGAGUACUGCCACCAAUGCAUGGUGACGCACAGAGAUCUCAAACCUGAGAAUCUUCUCUUGGAUUCAAACUUGCACGUGAAGAUUGCAGACUUUGGUCUGUCCAACACGAUGCGUGAUGGCGAAUUUUUGAAGACCUCUUGUGGUUCACCAAACUAUGCCUCUCCGGAGGUGGUGACUGGAAAGGCCUAUGUGGGACCAGAGGUUGACGUUUGGUCAGGCGGUGUGGUCCUGUACGCCCUCCUUUGCGGGUCGCUGCCCUUCGAUGAUGAGAACGUGCCGAACCUCUUCCGUAAGAUCAAGCACGGGAACUUCACCCUGCCAGGCCACCUCUCCAGCGAGGCAAAGGACCUCAUUGUCCAAAUGUUGGUGGUCGAUCCGACCAGGCGAAUUACCUUCUCACAAAUCCGGAGGCACAGCUGGUUUCUGAAGGAUUUGCCUGAGUACCUGGCCGUGCCUUUGAACCUUGUGGCUGAGAAGUUGGCCAGCCUCCAAGAGUGGCCUCAAUAUUUGCAGUGCUUGUCUGUCAUAUCUGUCAGAGCCUUUACAAGCUUUGAGUACCAGAGUGAUAUCCUCGAGGAGCUGGAGGAUAUGGGCAUGAAGAUAGAGGACAAAGAGAAUCUAAAACCUGAAGAGAAGGUUGCUUACCACUUGUUGGCAGAUCGUGCCUCCAAGCAGAGCAGCUUCUCAAAUUUGAUGCGGAAGGAUCCUUGUACAGCAAACGCUUUCCGGAUGUUCGAUGAUGAGGAAGUCCUGAAUGUCUCUAAGAACUUUGACCAGGAGCGUGCUGCGCCGAUCUACAAAGCUGCGUCGGCAGACCGCUCUGGCAUGCUGGGCCAGGCUUCAAUGGCGCCAGAGUGCCCAUGGCGACUAGGUGUAGAGGCAGUGAUGGAGGCCUCGGUUUUGAUGACGGAAGUUCUUCUAAACCUAAGAGACCUUGGCUACGAGGUGCGAAGUGGGUUUGGGAAGUUGAUCAAGUGAAGGAAAUUUAGUUUUUUCUUUUUUUGGGGGGUAGGCCGCGAGUGGAUGUAGCUACUAGGUGGGUAGGUAGGUAGGUAGCUAAAGGUAGCUAGUAGUUACAACCUACUGGACGCAGGAUAGGUCAGGCUUCUUCAAGGAAGCUCCCCCCGCUGCCCUAAAGGCGGCGAUUUGUAGGGAAACUUAACUAAUAGCUUCUCGCUCCUAGCAGUAAGGCCAGGAGCCCCUAGUAGCUUCUU